UAUUUGGGAUCAAUAUGUGGCUAUAUAAUUAAUAGGUAAUAAGACUCCAUGCUGUCUAGUCCAGUCCCAGACCCUUUUUUGACCCGCUCCGUUGAACGGCUCGUCGCGGAGAAAAAGGGUCCAGAAGAACUUGCAUGCGCAUGCGCCAGCAUCAACCAAUAACAAACGAGUUUAUACUCGGGGAAAACUUAUUAUUGUUUAAAUUAUUAAGGUGUCAAAAUGGCAACUGCAAAUGAGGAAAAAUGUCGGGUUUGUAGCAAAAUAUGCCUUCCUGCAAGGAGAUUUCUUUUAUAUAAUGCCCAGGGGGACUAUACCAAGACUGCAAUACUUUUUUUUGAUGCCUAUAAGAUAACGAUACGAAGAGACAAGCCUGAACUAUCGCGAUAUAUCUGUCGAAACUGCCAAGAAAAAGCCGCUAGGGCACUAAAAAGACUUAAAAUGUCAGAAYCCCCAGUUACGCUUUCGUCAAAAGAUAAGAGGAAGUUUGUCUCCACACCUAAAAGCCAAACUUCGUCUCCUAGAAAAUGUAYAACGUCAUCCCCGCCAAGAAAACUUGCAAAGACAGCAACUUCACGAAAUCUAUUCGGAAACCAGGUAUUAGUAGCUCAGCAAAGUAAAUCCGACUUUGAGCUACUGGAUAGCUCGCUCGACGCAACUUCUACUCCUCUUUCUUCGUGUCAACUUAAUCAACCUACUGAGAUAAAUCAAACUGUUUUUCUUUCUUCCACAAUUAGCAGUGUAUUUCAAAAUACCAGCUAUCAGAUAGUUUGCUACUCCCCGCAAGGWAUGAGACCAUUUUCRAUUAAUCCCAGGUGGAAUGAGCUCUGUAAAGCUAUUAUUAAUGACAAUGGAGAUGAAGUAUGUAAAGGUGUCAAAAAUCAAAGUGCAAUGAAGAGCAUGUGCAUAACUACAACUGUUGAGACUAUUGAAGAGGAAUGUCAAGCAUUAUGUUGUCAAGAUUCUUUACUAAGAAAAAAAUCUGUGCAAGAACUUACAGAAUUCUCAUUCAGCAAAUUCAUGGAUGAGCUUCAACAAAAGGCCAAGACAUUGUUUCAAAUCAUUGAAGUAAUACUCAAUGUAAAAAAUAGUGAGAGAAAUGUAUACAAAACCAAAGACAAAAAAUUACAAUCAGCUGGAUUGGCACUGUGUAUACUUUUGAAAUCAAGGAAUCAAAAUAUGAGUGUUGGCCAGCUUUUAAUGUCCACAAUCUUAUUAAAAGGAGGAUUGACAAAACAGGUAAUUAUAAUGAAUUUAUUAGAAGGCAAGUCAUAAUUAAUGAACAAGUUUAAUGAGAUCACAGUUAGCUAUGACUGUUCAGCUGAUAUUUAUUGUGACUAUAGCAUUGAAUUAGAGCAAYAUUGGAUUCACUAUAGGGACAUUUAUACCAACUUUGAUGUAAUAAAGUGAAUUUUACAAAGUUAUUUGUCAUUUUCUCUUUUGUAUUCAAUGUAUAUAACAUAUAUAAUGUUAUGUUCUGGUUCACUGCUAAUGAUAAAUAAGUUUGGUCAUGUGCUCUUAUUUUUGAAGUCACAAAUAGCAUAAAACUAAGAGAGCACAAGCUACUAGUAGCUACAGGUGA